AUGAAAGAUACACGAUCUAAAAUGACCAUUCUAUACGCUCAUGGGGGCCUCAACUACUCCGGAGGACCAGCUUCUGUACGUGCAGUUACAUCAGCUCUAGCAAAACUUACCAAAGGCCGCUGUCUUGUUCUCGAACAAAGACUGGCUCCUCAGAACCCUUUUCCCGCACCUUUAGUCGACCUUUUGGUAGCGUACCUAUCACUUCUCUAUCCACCUAAGGAUUCUUUUCACGAAGCAACCACCCCUGAGAAUAUCGUCAUCGCUGGAGAAAGUAGCGGAGGUAACCUAUGUCUUACUUUUCUCCUCUUGCUUCAACAUUUCCAACAGAGAAAACCCCGCAUCAACUUCGAUGGCCAAUGUGUUUCGAUCCCAAAUCCUGCAGGUUUUGCGACCUUCUGUGCUCAAGUUGAUGCCACGAUGUCUUUCGAUAUUAUAACGCCGGAUUCUAUCUGGCCUAGUACGCCUCCGAGAUCACAUAUUUACUCACCUACGACGAACCUAAUAACACAUCCUUUGGUUAGCCCCGUUUCCUCCAAGUCAUGGCCUUCCAUAAAGUCACCGCCGUUGUUUUUUGCCUAUGGCCAAGAGCGCAUGGUAGAAGAAGGAAGGUUCACGGCAAAGCAAGCUUUCAAAGCUGGUGCUUCAGUAAAAUUCCACCAAUACAACGCACUUACUCACAUCUUUGUCUUUAUCGUACAAUUAGCUCAGACAGCUCACCUCUUUACUCAAUGGGCGCAGUUCUGUCGAAUGUGUGUUGAAGAGCCUCAAAACGUAGAUUCCAGUCGAUAUUAUAUUCAAAAACCUGUCGCGGGUACACCUGGUUUCAAGAUUAUCCUCCGUGAUAUUGGUGACGGGAAGGAAUUCACGGAUUUGGAGUAUGAAGAGGUGCUCAAAUUGAUGGAUGAAAAUGAAAUGAACAUGAAGGUUUGGAACGGACUGAAAACGAAGUCAUCGUUGUAA